GUUGCGGCUGGAGGUGGAGGUGCUGCUUUCCCUUUCCCGUCCCGUCCCGUCCCAGCCGGCCCUGCCUCCGCGCUGAGAGAAAAUGACUGCAAUCAAGCAUGCUUUACAGAGGGAUAUUUUCACUCCCAAUGAUGAACGCUUGUUGAGCAUUGUGAACGUGUGCAAAGCAGGCAAAAAGAAGAGAAACUGCUUUUUGUGUGCCACAGUGACAACGGAACGACCAGUGCAAGUAAAUGUGGUAAAAGUGAAAAAAUCUGACAAGGGAGAUUUCUACAAAAGGCAGACUUCAUGGGCACUUCGAGAUCUUGCUGUUGUUGAUGCCAAAGAUGCUGUUAAAGAGAAUCCUGAAUUUGACUUGCAUUUUGACAAAGUGUACAAAUGGGUUGCAAGCAGCACAGUGGAAAAGAACACCUUCAUUUCAUGUAUCUGGAAACUCAAUCAGAGAUAUCUUAGAAAGAAAAUUGACUUUAUUAAUGUUAGUUCACAGCUUUUGGAAGAAUCCGUUCCAAGUGGAGAGAAUCAAAGUGUAGCAGGAGGUGAUGAAGAGGCUGUGGAUGAAUACCAAGAGUUAAAUGCAAGAGAGGAACAGGAUAUUGAAAUAAUGAUGGAAGGGUGUGAAUAUGCUAUUUCUAAUGCUGAAGCCUUUGCAGAGAAGUUGUCAAGAGAGCUACAAGUGCUAGAUGGGGCAAAUAUCCAGUCAAUUAUGGCCUCAGAGAAACAGGUGAAUAUCUUGAUGAAGUUGCUGGAUGAAGCUCUAAAGGAAGUUGACCAAAUUGAGCUAAAGCUGAGCAGUUAUGAAGAAAUGCUUCAGAGUGUAAAAGAGCAAAUGGAUCAAAUUUCAGAAAGCAACCACUUAAUCCAUCUCAGUAACACAAAUAAUGUGAAGCUACUGUCAGAGAUAGAGUUCUUAGUGAAUCACAUGGAUUUAGCUAAAGGUCAUAUAAAGGCCCUUCACGAGGGAGAUCUGACAUCUUCUCGAGGCAUUGAGGCCUGCACUAAUGCAGCAGAUGCCCUUCUGCAGUGUAUGAAUGUAGCUCUUCGUCCAGGACAUGAUAUGCUUCAUGCAGUGAAACAGCAGCAGCAGCGGUUUAGUGACUUGCGUGAGCAAUUUGCACGGAGACUUGCCAGUCAUUUGAACAGCGUAUUUGUUCAGCAGUUUACUCAGACCCUCCUUCAACUCUAUAAUAGGUCCUACUGUCUUUCAGUUCCAGGUCAUGAUCAGAGUUCUACUCUUGCCCAGCACUCUGCUGAAUUGACAUUACCCAAUCACCAUCCGUUUCACAGAGAUUUACUUCGAUAUGCUAAACUGAUGGACUGGCUCAAGAACACAGACUAUGGAAAGUAUGAAGGGCUAACGAAGAAUUAUAUGGAUUAUUUAUCACGACUGUAUGAAAGGGAAAUAAAAGAUUUCUUUGAAGUUGCUAAGAUCAAGAUGACGGGCACAACCAGAGAAGGAAAAAAGUUUGGUCUUCAUGGAAGUUCUGGAAAAUUGACUGGCUCUACUUCUAGCCUAAAUAAACUCUCUGUUCAGAGUUCAGGAAACCGUAGGUCUCAGUCAUCCUCACUGUUGGAUAUGGGAAACAUGUCUGCCUCUGACCUUGAUGUGGCUGAUAGAACAAAAUUUGAUAAGAUUUUCGAGCAAGUAUUAAGUGAACUAGAGCCUCUGUGUCUGGCAGAACAGGACUUCAUUAGUAAAUUCUUCAAGCUACAGCAACAUCAGAGCAUCCCGGGAACAACAACGAAUGAAGCGGAGGAAAUGGAUGGAGGAACUUUAUCUCGUUCAUAUACUUCUGGUGUUCCACAAACAAUAUCAUCUGAGAAGGACAUGAUCCGACAAAUGAUGACAAAAAUAUUCCGUUGUAUUGAACCUGAGCUGAAUAACCUUAUAGCACUGGGGGACAAGAUUGAUAGCUUUAAUUCCCUUUAUAUGUUAGUUAAGAUGAGUCAUCAUGUAUGGACAGCACAAAAUGUGGACCCAGCUUCCUUUCUCAGCACAACACUUGGAAAUGUUUUGGUGACUGUCAAAAGGAACUUUGAUAAAUGCAUUAGUAACCAAAUGAAGCAGAUGGAUGAAGUAAAAAUCUCAAAGAAGAGUAAAGUUGGGAUCCUUCCAUUUGUUGCUGAAUUUGAAGAGUUUGCAGCCCUUGCUGAAUCAAUUUUCAAAAAUGCAGAACGACGAGGAGAUCUAGAUAAAGCCUACAUAAAACUUAUUAGAGCUGUUUUUGUCAGUGUUGAGAAAGUAGCUAAUGAAAGCCAGAAAACACCCAGAGAUGUGGUCAUGAUGGAGAACUUCCAUCAUAUUUUUGCAACACUUUCUCGCUUGAAAAUUUCUUGUCUUGAGGCUGAGAAAAAAGAAGCCAAACAGAAAUACACUGAUCAUCUUCAGUCUUAUGUAAUCUACUCACUCGGACAGCCUCUUGAGAAAUUAAAUCAUUUUUUUGAAGGUGUUGAAGCUCGUGUGGCACAAGGUAUACGAGAAGAGGAGGUAAGCUAUCAGCUGGCUUUUAAUAAACAAGAGCUUCGUAAAGUUAUAAAAGAAUAUCCCGGUAAGGAAGUGAAGAAGGGUUUGGAUAAUCUCUACAAGAAGGUAGAUAAACACCUCUGUGAAGAAGAAAACUUACUUCAGGUUGUGUGGCAUUCCAUGCAAGAUGAGUUUAUACGACAAUACAAGCACUUUGAAGGGCUGAUAGCUCGUUGCUAUCCUGGAUCAGGAAUUACUAUGGAAUUCACUAUACAGGAUAUUUUAGACUACUGCUCCAGUAUUGCACAGUCUCAUUAAGUUCUAGAAAGGGAAAGAGAAGCCAGUAAAGUUUGUGCCUGUGUAUAAGGGAAUCAAACACUAUAAAUGCUAUUUGUUUUUGAAAGGUGGAUUUUCAUGUGUACGUGUAGUUAACUGCCAUAGAUGUCAAGUUACACUCCUUCUCCAACCAUUUUUCAGGGCAAAAUGAAACCUUUGGGAUUUUGAAGUACUGUUUGAAAGCAUUAAUUCUGUGAAACACUUUGGAUAUAGUUUUUCCCUUCCCCUAAUGUUCAGAUACUUUUAUUUAUAAUCUCUUCUCUUGCUAAAAGCAGUAAGCACUACCUUCAUAGUAUGCAAAAAGGAUACUACUGUUUUCACUAAUAAUUUGCAUCUUGGAAAUUAUGUAAGCAUUAGACUAUCAAAUCUUUUCCCUUCCUUGUUCUAGAAAGUAUGGAUGUGGAACUUUAUGUAGUGGGAAUUCUGAAUUCAUAUUCUGAGAUGUAAUAUGACUAUGGUUAUAAUUCUUAAUUAAACUGUGUUCAUCAUAUUCUUUA